UUUUAUAAUUAUGCAUGUUAAUGUGGGCGUGGCUGAGAACCAGCAACAUGGAGACUGCAAAGAAGUGGGGAAAGAGGAUAAUUAUAAUAACUGCAGUCACUGGAGGAAUCACUUAUGGAGUAGUCAGUGUAUAUAACAAAGUGAAGAGAGAGAAAGAAUUAAAGACAGAGGAACAGAAAAAAUUGAAGAAUUCAUUUGACAUUUAUACAGAGAUUCAAAGAAACUGCUACACUACUGUGUCGGAUUUAUUAUGUCGCAUUAAUGACAUAAUUAAAAAUGAAUUAAAAACCGAAUCAAUUACUGCACAACUAAAGGAAAACCCUACUAAUAAGAUAGCUCUAUGGGAAUCACUAAAGAUAGCGAGUUUCUCCUCCAGUGUACUCUCAGUCUGUGUGAGUUCAAUGAUCAUCAUUUUAAUAAGAUACCAGCUCAGCAUAAUAUCAGCCGCUCUCUGUUGCCUUGGAAACAGAAUGACUAAAGAGCAAGAGAAGUUAUAUUUAUUAAUGAUGUGUCAAAUGUUUGAAGAAGGACUUGUUGAUCUGAUAAGUGAAGUGAAGAGAACCACGGAAACUGUCAUGAUGUCCUACUCCCUCAAACACUCCCUCACCAUCAACCUAAUAACUGCAAUAAUCAACAACAUCAUCACUCAGUCGUCGAGCAGAUCACUGACCGAUUACUGGUUGCUGAGGUACAUGAAGAGAAAUGAAGGGACAGGAACCGCCCCAGGAGAGAUUACUGAUCUUAUACUGGCCACUGAAGACGCCAUUGAUAUAGGUGAUACUCAGACAAUAUUAACGGAAUUAAUCAACAGCUCGUUAAGUUAUUACAGUUUAUUAAUCAAUGACUCGUUUCACUCUGCUGCUCAAAGCUCUGGAGCGCUACCACUGGCUAGAGUCAUUCCUUUACUGUGUGAUCACUCGGUUUUAUUUCUUGACUCUCAGCACAACAAAUAUUUAAAAGAGAUGGUUGAUGACUUUAAUCUCAUGUCUUGUUCAAGAAACAUUUUUGAGGCAUUUAGCAAAGGAUUGAACUGAAAUACUAACGAUGAACGAUGAUGAUGGUUUUUUAAUGUUGAAAAAAAAGGAAUUUACGCCAAAAAAUAA